AUGGCUGGCUUCGAUCAAGCAAGCUUCCUCCCUUCUUGGAAAGCGCUCGAGGAGCAUCAUGCCAGCACCGGGAAGUCCAUCAUUUUGAAGGAGGAAUUCAAGAACAAUCCUCAGCGAUUCAACCAGCUCUCUCAUACAUUUAAGAACUCGGCAGACAACUCGGAGAUUCUGUUUGAUUUCUCCAAGAACCUGGUUACGGAUGAGACCCUCAAACUCCUCGUCAGGUUGGCCAAAGAAACUGGCGUUGAGAAGCUUCGGGAUGAGAUGUUUAACGGUGACCCAAUCAAUUUUACUGAGAACCGUGCUGUGUACCAUGUUGCCUUGCGCAAUGUGUCCAAUUCGCCGAUGAAGGUCAAUGGGAACAGUGUCGUGGAGGGUGUCAACAGCGUUUUAGAGCACAUGAAGGAGUUUUCGGAGCAGGUCAGAAGCGGAGAAUGGAAAGGGUAUACCGGCAAGAAAAUCAAGACAAUUAUCAACAUUGGAAUUGGUGGAUCUGACCUCGGCCCAGUGAUGGUCACAGAGGCUCUAAAGCCAUAUGCGGACCGCAGUCUUACCCUUCAUUUCGUUUCAAACAUUGACGGCACCCAUGUUGCUGAAGCAUUGAAAAGCUCCGACCCCGAAACCACCCUCUUCUUGAUUGCGUCCAAGACCUUCACGACCGCUGAAACCAUCACCAACGCGCAAACUGCGAAGGCUUGGUUCCUUCAGACCGCGAAAAAUGAAGCUCACAUCGCGAAACAUUUCGUGGCGCUCUCAACCAAUGAAGCUGAGGUCACAAGAUUCGGCAUUGAUAAGAAGAACAUGUUUGGUUUUGAGUCAUGGGUAGGCGGUCGAUACUCCGUGUGGAGCGCCAUUGGGUUGUCCGUCGCCCUUUACAUCGGCUUCGACAAUUUCCACCAGUUCCUCGCGGGGGCUCAUGCCAUGGAUCAGCAUUUCAAGAACACUCCUUUGGAACAAAACAUCCCAGUACUCGGUGGCCUCUUGAGUGUUUGGUAUAGUGACUUCUUCGGUGCUCAAACCCACUUAGUUUCACCGUUUGAUCAGUAUUUGCACCGGUUCCCUGCGUACCUUCAGCAACUGUCCAUGGAAAGCAACGGCAAGGCCAUCACCCGAACGGAUGAUUACGUCAGAUACACCACCGGUGCAAUCUUGUUUGGCGAGCCUGCUACCAAUGCUCAGCACAGUUUCUUCCAGCUGCUUCACCAGGGCACAAAACUCAUCCCAGCCGACUUCAUCCUGGCUGCAGAAUCACACAAUCCAGUCGACGGCGGCAAACACCAGACCAUGCUUGCCUCUAACUUCUUUGCCCAGGCUGAAGCCUUGAUGGUCGGAAAAUCGCCAGAUCAGGUUCGUGGCGAAGGCACCCCGAGAAACUUGGUGCCUCACAAGACCUUCACUGGCAGCCGUCCAACAACCUCCAUCCUCGCGCAGAAAAUCACCCCUGCCACUCUUGGCGCGCUCAUCGCGUACUAUGAGCAUGUCACUUUCACUGAAGGCGCAAUUUGGAACAUCAACUCCUUCGACCAGUGGGGAGUGGAGCUUGGUAAGGUUCUUGCAAAGAAGAUCCAGACUGAGCUGGAAACCGAGGGCGCAGGAGGUGGCCACGAUGCGUCCACGAGCGGAUUGAUUGCCGCAUACAAGCAGAAGGCGGGUCGUUUGUAA